AGAGAAAUCCUUCCCACUUCCCACAAUUGUCACUUCUCUUCUACUUGUGUUAGCGCUCUUGCGCGCGAUUUGCUCCUCUCGUUGCAGACUUCGUUUGUGGCUGUAUUUGAGUCUUUAAGGUUUUGAUCUCCGGCAGACUGCAGACAUUUAGGGCUUAAAAUUUUCAUUGGUCUUGCCUCAUCCAGUGAGACCGACUACUCGAGUAGGGCAAAGAAAAUGUCGAUUAUUCAAAUGUCUCCACCGGUUGCAGCACCUCCUCGAAACCACCUGUCGUCUCUUAGGGUUUUAACUGGUUCAGAUCAACAAUGUCUUCUUUUGAGGAUUUCUCAGCUUUCAAUUCACACGGUUGCCUUUCCCCCGAGACAGACAAUUAUCCGAAUGGGUGGCGGUCCUCGAACGUACCCCGGUGGGGUAUCGAAGUGGCAGUGGAAACGAAUGCAAGCGAAAAAGGCGAAGCAACUCCUGAAGGCUCGACUCUGCCGGGAGCGCCAGAUAUACGAAAUGCGUAAGCGGGCGGAGUUGAGAGCGGCAGUUUCGGAGCUCGAGCGGCCGUGGGAAGUCGUCGAGAGGGCUCCAACGUUAUUCUCGGUUAGUGCCGACGAACAAUUGAAGGUUUUAGCUGAUAGGUUCCAGAAGCCCGGUGGGUUCGACCUGUGGACGGAGAAGGAUGGACCGCAGCUGUUUCAGACUCCUGAUGGACUCCCUUCUGCGAGAUUUUUCCCCAAGGGUGUUGUUCACAGCAUCAAACCAUAUGGGGGCAUUGCGGGUUCGUCUGGUUCUAGAAGUUUGUAUGCUGCGGAGGAUGAAAAGGACUCGAAUUUGUCGGGUUCUGUUGUAGAAGCUCGAACUGGAGGGUCUACAGUGAGAAGAGGAAAUGGGUCCAGGAAAUCAAAGAGGUUAUCUAAACAGAGAAGCCGAGGUGGCCUUGGCAGUGAAGGGGCGGCCCGUAGCAAAGAUUUAGCUUCAAGGAAAGAUGAUAGUUUAGUGGAUAAUUUUUCUUACGUGAAGCAUUCAGUGCUUCAAAUUAGUUCGGAAGCAAGGGAGGUAAUUAGAGAAGCAUCAAGUAAUGGAGAUGGAAGGCAGCAGUCAGGGAAUAUCAAUGGAGGCAGAGCUGGAAAGGGUUCUUCUCAUGGAAUCUUGAGUAAGGGAAAUAGACAAAAUAUUGGUUAUAGGGACUUUUAUGGGUCGAAUUCAGGAGAAACUGCAUUCUGCACCGACAGAAGAGGAAGGAUUCCUUUAGCAAGCAGUGGCAGAUAUAAGAUAGGUGGUCAGCAGUUUAGUUCUGAAAAGACUUCAAGAAAAUCUAAAGCUUCUUAUACUGAAGAAGUCUACAAUAUGAGUUUACAACAAGAUGGAAGUUAUGGAUUGCAAACCAACAGCCAAGAGAAUCAAUGAUAAUGAGAAAUGAAGAAAUUAUUUAGUUGACAGUAGCUGGUUCAGUAGCAGUUAAGCUAGUUACAUAUCUGGAGACUGCCAGAUUCAAAUCAUAUCUGAGUAGAGCCAGGAUCUUUUUAGUCAAAUUAACACUGUACUGGCAAUGGUGCCCCAUCAAAAAAUAUGUAAAUUUAGAGCUUCUUUCUUUUUUUUCGUUGAUGGAAAUCAAUUUCCUGGAUAUAGCUGGGCAUGGCAUCAAGUAUGAAAUUUGCACUAGAAAUCGAAGAAUUUGACACGCACCCUUGUACAGGUAAGUGGGUAUCAUAGUUGGAAAUGGUAUAUCAUGCUGUGCAGUAAAUACUUCUAAUUGGAGAUGCAAUUUAUCCUUUACUUUCUCAAUUUCUUGGUAUACUUCCAAACUUGUCAGGUAAAAGAAAGAGGUGCAUUGGUGUCAUCCCAAAGAGGGAGAGAUGCACUAUCCUUAGAUCAGAGUUGCAGAAACUUUUUUUCUUUGGUGAUAAUCUGGGAGUUAGCAACUCUUUAUUGAUCCAAGAAAUGUAAAAGUAGCUUUUAUUGAAGAUAGAACUGUACUAAAAUGUAAUGGUAGAGACAUGUACAAUGAGAAUCUAUACAAUAGUGAAAUUCAAGCAGUCCUAGAAAAGAAGUUAAAAGUAUGUAAAAAUAGUAAUGUUUUUGCACA